AUGCCCGACAACACGGCGCUCUCUGUUGCGCAUCCGUCCAAUGCCAAUGCGUCUCAAAAGAAGGAAGUCCCUGCCUUUCUACAAAAGUUGUUCAAGAUGGUGGAUGAUCCCCUGACGGAUUCGCUCAUCAAGUGGAACGACGCAGGCGAUUCCUUCCUGGUCAUGCGGCAUGAAGACUUUGCCAAGGAGCUGCUCCCUCGCUACUAUAAGCACAAGCACUUUUCAUCCUUCGUCAGGCAGCUCAAUAUGUAUGGCUUCCACAAGAUCCCCCACAUUGAGGACAACACCCUCAGCAAAGGUGAAAUUUGGGAGUUUAGCAAUCCAAACUUUCAUCGCGACCAGCCUGAUUUGCUGUGUCUUGUCACGCGCAAGAAGUCUGGCGAGACUGCCGACAAGGAUGCUAUUGAUUUCAUGUCUGUCAUCAAGGAGAUUCAGGCCAUAAAACGACAUCAGGUGACCAUUUCGCAGGAUCUUAAGCGCAUUCAGGCAGACAAUCAGGCUCUAUGGCAGGAGCAGGCCGAUACACGAGCGCGCCAUUCAAAACACGAAGAGACGAUUGAAAAGAUUCUUGCCUUUCUCGGACACAUCUACGGC